ACACGUCGGGGGGGUGGGGCGGGAGGGGCCAUUGUGUGUUUCUAGGCGGCGCCCCCCGCUGCUUAGGCUACCGCGUAGCGAGGUGCCCGGCCACCACAGCGCGCCGCCGGCUCCCCUCCAUUUUCCCCCCGACUCCCGCCCCGGUGACCAUCCUACCCUCCUCCCUCCACUUCCCUCUCUUCUCUCCUCCUCUUCCCACCCCUCCCCCCUGUCCCGAACACUCAAUAUUCACGCCACCGUUUCCUGCUUCACAAAAUGGCCACCGCGCGACACCUGCGGUCACGUGGCCUGCCGCCCUCUAGGUUUUGGGACUCUGCCUAGCUCCGACUUCGAGGACGCUACACGCAGAAGAGCGAGGGAAGAUUAGACUGGAGAAAUCCCACCACAUCUCCAAGCCCGGGGACUGAGAGAGGAAGAGUGAAGGCCACUGUUAGACAAAAAAAAAAAAAAAAAAGGAAAAACGAAAGCUGAGUACUUAGGGUUGGAAAGGGGAGUGAAGAGGCUUAGAUUAACAUUUUCAGGGCUCCUAGCUGGCGGAAAGCGGGAGACUCCAGUUCUCGCGAGAUCUCGAGAACUCCGAGGCUGAGAAUAGGGUUUUAGCAGAGAGUAGGGGAAGUGUAGCUCGAGAUAACUGGGACAGCAUUUGGCGCCCUGAGCUCCAAGGCAGGACGACUAGUGGCGACGGGACUGAGUAGGAAAUCCCGUGAGAUUAGACCUGAGGGAGCGCGCAGUAACUGGCCAGAAGUCGCCGCGGUGGGGGAUUGCGGUGUGAAAGGGAGGGCACACGCUGUACGUGCUGACGUAGCAGGGUUUCGAGCGGGUAUAUUAGGUCCGUGGCCGCGCCGUGCGCUCCAGAGCCGCAGUUCUCCCGUGAGAGGGUCUUCGCGGUGGAACAAAAACACUCGCUCAGCAGCAGAAGACACCGAGUUCUCGGUACUCUUCAGGGAUGAGUCAUGUGGCGGUGGAAAAUGCGCUCGGGCUGGACCAGCAGUUUGCUGGCCUAGACCUGAACUCUUCAGAUAAUCAGAGUGGAGGAAGUACAGCCAGCAAAGGGCGCUAUAUUCCUCCUCAUUUAAGGAACCGAGAAGCUACUAAAGGUUUCUACGAUAAAGACAGUUCAGGGUGGAGUUCUAGCAAAGAUAAGGAUGCAUAUAGCAGUUUUGGAUCUCGCAGUGAUUCAAGAGGGAAGUCUAGCUUCUUCAGUGAUCGUGGAAGUGGAUCAAGGGGAAGAUUUGAUGAUCGUGGACGGAGUGAUUAUGAUGGCAUUGGCAGCCGUGGUGACAGAAGUGGCUUUGGCAAAUUUGAACGUGGUGGAAACAGUCGCUGGUGUGACAAAUCAGAUGAAGAUGAUUGGUCAAAACCACUCCCACCAAGUGAACGCUUGGAACAGGAACUCUUUUCUGGAGGCAACACUGGGAUUAAUUUUGAGAAAUACGAUGACAUUCCAGUUGAGGCAACAGGCAACAACUGUCCUCCCCAUAUUGAAAGUUUCAGUGAUGUUGAGAUGGGAGAAAUUAUCAUGGGAAACAUUGAGCUUACUCGUUACACUCGCCCAACUCCAGUGCAAAAGCAUGCUAUUCCUAUUAUCAAAGAGAAAAGAGACUUGAUGGCUUGUGCCCAAACAGGGUCUGGAAAAACUGCAGCAUUUCUCUUGCCCAUCUUGAGUCAGAUUUAUUCAGAUGGUCCAGGCGAGGCUUUGAGGGCCAUGAAGGAAAAUGGAAGGUAUGGGCGCCGCAAACAAUACCCAAUCUCCUUGGUAUUAGCACCAACGAGAGAGUUGGCAGUACAGAUCUACGAGGAAGCCAGAAAAUUUUCAUACCGAUCUAGAGUUCGUCCUUGCGUGGUUUAUGGUGGUGCUGAUAUUGGACAGCAGAUUCGAGACUUGGAACGUGGAUGCCACUUGUUAGUAGCCACUCCAGGACGUCUGGUGGAUAUGAUGGAAAGAGGAAAGAUUGGAUUAGACUUUUGCAAAUACUUGGUGUUAGAUGAAGCUGAUCGGAUGUUGGAUAUGGGGUUUGAGCCUCAGAUACGUAGAAUAGUUGAACAAGAUACUAUGCCUCCAAAGGGUGUCCGCCACACUAUGAUGUUUAGUGCUACUUUUCCUAAGGAAAUACAGAUGCUGGCUCGUGAUUUCUUAGAUGAAUAUAUCUUCUUGGCUGUAGGAAGAGUUGGCUCUACCUCUGAAAACAUCACGCAGAAAGUAGUUUGGGUUGAAGAAUCAGACAAAAGGUCAUUUCUGCUUGACCUCCUAAAUGCAACAGGCAAGGAUUCCCUGACCUUAGUGUUUGUGGAGACCAAAAAGGGUGCAGAUUCUCUGGAGGAUUUCUUAUACCAUGAAGGAUAUGCAUGUACAAGUAUCCAUGGAGACCGCUCUCAGAGGGAUAGGGAAGAGGCUCUUCACCAGUUCCGCUCAGGAAAAAGCCCAAUUCUAGUGGCUACAGCAGUAGCAGCAAGAGGACUGGACAUUUCAAAUGUGAAACAUGUUAUCAAUUUUGACUUGCCAAGUGAUAUUGAAGAAUAUGUACAUCGCAUUGGUCGUACAGGACGUGUAGGAAACCUUGGCCUGGCAACCUCAUUCUUUAACGAGAGGAAUAUAAACAUUACUAAGGAUUUGUUGGAUCUUCUUGUGGAAGCUAAACAAGAAGUGCCAUCUUGGUUAGAAAACAUGGCUUAUGAACACCACUACAAGGGUAGCAGUCGUGGACGUUCUAAGAGCAGAUUUAGCGGAGGGUUUGGUGCCAGAGACUACCGACAAAGUAGCGGUGCCAGCAGUUCCAGCUUCAGCAGCAGCCGUGCAAGCAGCAGCCGCAGUGGCGGAGGUGGCCACGGCAGCAGCAGAGGAUUCGGUGGAGGUGGCUAUGGAGGCUUCUACAACAGUGAUGGAUAUGGAGGAAAUUAUAACUCCCAGGGGGUUGACUGGUGGGGUAACUGAGCCUGCUUUGCAGUAGGUCACCCUGCCAAACAAGCUAAUAUGGAAACCACAUGUAACUUAGCCAGACUAUACCUUGUGUAGCUUCAAGAACUCGCAGUACAUUACCAGCUGUGAUUCUCCACUGAAAUUUUUUUUUUAAGGGAGCUCAAGGUCACAAGAAGAAAUGAACAAUCAGCAGCCCUGUUCAGAAGGUGGUUUGAAGACUUCAUUGCUGUAGUUUGGAUUAACUCCCCUCCCGCCUACCCCCAUCCCAAACUGCAUUUAUAAUUUUGUGACUGAGGAUCAUUUGUUUGUUAAUGUACUGUGCCUUUAACUUUAGACAACUUUUUAUUUUGAUGUCCUGUUGGCUCAGUAAUGCUCAAGAUAUCAAUUGUUUUGACAAAAUAAAUUUACUGAACUUGGGCUAAAAUCAAACCUUGGCACACAGGUGUGAUACAACUUAACAGGAAUCAUCGAUUCAUCCAUAAAUAUUAUAAGGAAAAACUUAUGCGGUAGCCUGCAUUAGGGCUUUUUGAUACUUGCAGAUUGGGGGAAAACAAACAACAAACGUCUUGAAGCGUAUUAAUGGAAUUAGUUUCUAAUGUGGCAAACUGUAUUAAGUUAAAGUUCUGAUUUGCUCACUCUAUCCUGGAUAGGUAUUUAGAACCUGAUAGUCUUUAAACAAGCCAUUCCAGUCAUGAUGAGGUGUGAUGUAUGAAUACAUGCAUACAUUCAAAGCACUGUUUUCAAAGUUAAUGCAAGUAAAUACAGCAAUUCCUCUUUCAGCGUUUAGGCAGAUCAUUAAUUAAUGAGCUAGCCAAAUGUGGGCAUAUUAUUACAGGGAAAGUUUAAAGGUCUGAUAACUUGAAAUAGGUUUUUAGGAGAAUUCAUCUACUUAGACUUUUUAAAUGCCUGCCAUAAAUGAAAUUGAAAUGGUAGAAUGGCUGACCACAGCAAUGACCAGCCCUCAUUAGGGCCCUGGAUGAUUUUUGAUCUUAUAACGCAUGCUAGUGUUGAUGUUUUUUGGUCAAGAGGGUAUGAACAGGAAGAAUUAAUGCAGCAGGCUUUAUUUUAAAUGCCGAUUCACAUUACUCUGUUCAAGCUGCGUUGAGAUGUUAAACUGGCUUACUAUAGACUUUGUAAAAAUGGCUCCAGAAGAGUAAAACUGAAAUCUGAGAUCACACAGGUUGGAAAUAUGUACAUAACUGCACAAGGUGUCGAUUCUGCUCUACAGUGCAGUUUUAGUCAGUUUUAGUUGCAUAGGUUUCCAUUGUAUUUAUAGUCUGUUUAUGCUAAAUCUGGCCAAAGAUGAGCAUUGUCCACCACUAAAAUGCCUCUGCCACUUUGAAUUCUGUGCUAAUUUUGUGGCCAGAAUGCGGUGAUCAAAACGCUCCAUCUUUUUACAGUGGCAUAGGAAGACGGCAAAAAUUUCCUAAAGUGCAAUAGAUUUUCAAGUGUAUUGUGCCUUGUUCUAAAACUUUUAUUAAGUAGGUGCACUUGACAGUAUUGAGGUCAUUUGUUAUGGUGCUAUUUCAAUUAGUCUAGGUUUAGGCCCUUGUACAUUUUGCCCAUAACUUUUUACAAAGUACUUCUUUUAUUGCACAUUCAGAGAAUUUUAUAUAUAUGUCUUGUGUGCGUGUCCUUAAACUUCCAAUCUUAUUUUGUCUCUUGGAGAUUGUUGAACGCAGCUUGUCUAGGAAGGGGAUGGGACUAGAUUCUAAAAUUUAUUUGGGACCAUGGGAAUGAUAGUUGGGAAGAAAACUAUUUGCACACGACAGAUUUCUAGAUACUUUUUGCUGCUAGUUUUAUGUAAUAUUUAUUGAACAUUUUGACAAAUAUUUAUUUUUGUAAGCCUAAAAGUGAUUCUUUGAAAGUUUAAAGAAACUUGACCAAAAGACAGUACAAAAACACUGGCACUUGAAUGUUGAAUGUCACCGUAUGCGUGAAAUUAUAUAUUUCGGGGUAGUGUGAGCUUUUAAUGUUAAGUCAUAUUAAACUCUUAAGUCAAAUUAAGCAGACCCGGCGUUGGCAGUGUAGCCAUAACUUUCUGAUGUUAGUAAAAACAAAAUUGGCGACUUGAAAUUAACUCAUGCCAAGGUUUUGAUACACUUGUCUUAAGAUAUUAAUGAAACACUUCAAAACACUGAUAUGAAGUGUCCAGAUUCUCAGAUGUUUGUUGUGUGAAUUUUGUUUAGUUGUGUGUUUUUUGUUUUUGUUUUUUUUUUUCAGUGAAUGUCUGGCACAUUGCAAUCCUCAAACAUGUGGUUAUCUUUGUUGUAUUGGCAUAAUCAGUGACUUGUACAUUCAGCAAUAGCGUUUGAGCAAGUUUUAUCAGCAAGCAAUAUUUUCAGUUAAUAAGGUUUCAAAACAUGUAAGGAUUUAAACUUGCUGAAUGUGAAGAUUGAAACAAGUCACUGUAGCUUUAGUAAUUGCUUAUUGUAUUAGUUUAGAUGCUAGCACUGCAUGUGCUGUGCAUACUCUGAUUUUAUUAAAAUAAAAAGUUGAACUGCA